AUGGCUACCUCUCCCUCUACAUCCGCGGAUACCCGGGCUAGCACCUCGCGUGCCGGGACCUCUAGCGCUCUCCAGCGCGGGAAAGCGUGUCUCAACUGUCGACGGCGGAAAAUGAAAUGUGAUGGAGCAAGACCCGUAUGCGGUCCCUGCGAUCACGCAGGGCGCGGCGACGACUGCGAGUAUGCGGACGCACAAGGGCGUUCGCGGACGCAGACGUUGCUGGAUACGAUCACCCGUCUGGAGACUCGAGUGCAGGAACUCCAAAGCCCUACCGCCUCAGGGCCGAACGUAGUCCCCGAACUGCGUCAGGGCUCCCCGGGACCGUCCACCACGGGUCCUGCCAGCCCUGCCGACAGCACGCAUGCACCUCCGACAACUGUUUGGGACGUGGAAGACCUCCCCGUCGACGUCGCGUCUGAACUCGUCGACAUCUUCUUCGAAAACGUCGGUCACCUCCCGUGGUUCCUUCACGAAGUACGCUAUCGUGCCAGCGCGGCGCUACCAUCCGGCAGCUUCGGUCGUCCGAUACCCGCCCUCGUUACCGCCGUCCAUCUCUGGGGCAUCAAGUUCUCCAACUCCGAUGACCUCGCGCCCCACGCGCCCGGGAUCCUAGCGCAAGCCAUGAGCGAGAUCGGCCACUCGCUCGCAGGCGCGCUCCUACACAACGUCGUCCAGGUCAUACAGGCGCACGUCCUCCUGGCCACAUAUCUCUACCACUCCGGCCGCUUCAUCGAAGGCAGCGUGCACACCGACGCCGCCGCGGCGCUCGCGGUGCAUUGUUCGCUGCACAAGAUCCGCUCGGCUACUCCCACGCCGCGCCGGGCGACGUUCAUGGACCCUAUCAGCGUCAUGCUGCCUGAGCCGCACGACCAGGUCGAGGAGGGCGAGCGCAUCAAUGGCUUCUGGACCUCGUACUGGAUGUCGCGCGUCUGGGCGGUGGUGUUGGGGGUGCCUUCGCCCGUUUUUGACGUCGAUGGCGCUACGCAGAUCGACACGCCUUGGCCGCUGGAUAUGGAGGUGUACGAACGGGGCUGGCUGUACCCGGAGCUGCGCACGAGCGGCACGCUGAAGUCCUUCCUGAACGGCAUCAGCAUCGGCUGGCCGUGGGAGAACAACAGCAGCCUCGCCGAGCUCUCCAAAGCCGCCGCGCUGCUCGAGCAAGCCACGCGCCUCGCGUCCUCCUGGCGGCCCGAGCUGCCGAACGCCGCGGGCUACUACGCCGAGUUCAUCGCGCUCGACACGCGCAUCGAGGAGUUCAAGGCCGGGCUCGCGCCCGUGCCGGGGCUGUCGGUGCUCCCGCUCGCCGCGCGGCAGAGGCUGCACGCGUCGCAUUGUAUUGCGCAGAGUGUGACGAUACAGCUGCAUGCGGCGUUUGCGAACCAGAAUUCGGCGUCGAGGCAUAAGUGUCUGGAGGCGGGGCUUGCGAUUAUUAGGGCGGGCGCGGCGGCGCGGAUUCUGGAGUUUCCUUUCGUUGACCAUGGCGUCGCGGCAAUGUGGGCCGCCGUAUGCCGCGUGCUGAUCAACGAGAUCAUCACCGUGCGCUCGCUCUACCUCGAUCCCUCAGUCCUCACUGUGCCAGUUCUGGGCGAAGCCGAGCUCCUCGCCGCGCUCGACGAGCUGCAAGUGGCGAUGGCGCACUUCGCGCCCUCUUCUGCGCUUAUGAAUUAUCAGCUGGGGCGUAUACAGCAGGAGCGGAUCGCUGUGUAG